AUGACUGCUGAUCAACAAAAUGAAAAAGACCUCCAAUAUAUGCGUCUUGCGAUCGAACAAGCAAAUUUAUCAAUUCCGAUACCUACUGCGUACUGUGUAGGCGCGAUCAUCGUGAAAGACUCUCAGAUCCUCAGUAGAGGAUAUUCUCGUGAACUACCAGGAAAUACACACGCGGAAGAAUGUGCCUUACAAAAACUUGUUUCAAAUCCUACAUCAUUGAUAUCCGACGCGACAAUCUACACCACGAUGGAACCAUGUAGCACACGAUUAUCAGGUAAGAAAUCUUGUGUGGAUCGAAUACUCGAGGCUGGAAUCAUGCGAGUCGUCAUAGGUGUCGAAGAACCGGAUCACUUUGUAAAGUGUGUGGGCGUGGAUCUGUUGAGGGAAAAAGGUGUGCAAGUGGUUAGGGUUAGGGGAUUAGAGGAGGAAUGUUUGAAACCUAAUAGGCAUGUACUGAUGUAG